ACUGAAGGAUUUUAAGUAGUUUGCAUGAGUGGUUACAAAAACCUUGCCCCGUUUAUAGCUCUGUUUUUGUGCGAUUUCUAUUUACAAGCCAUUAAUAAUACUAGCGCGAUGGGGGAACUCGACAGAGAGCUGUUGAGCCUGUAUCUUCAAAAAACCGGCGAUGAACUCGAGAUUAUUCAGAUUGUGGUGACCUAUGAAGACGUUAGGAAGAAAUGGCUACAGGCUGAGCUGGAGCUCAAGAGGCACAAAGACCUGCUGGUCAAGGCAGAUGUGGCCCGUGCUUCGCUGGAGGUGAAGCUGAAGCACGCCAGGAACCAGGUGGACGUGGAAAUCAAAAAGCGCUACAAAGCUGAGGCAGACUAUCAGUAUUUGGAGCGGCAGAUGCAGUUGAUUUGUGAGAUACUGGUUAACGACAGCAAGUCGAGUGCUUGUCUGAAUGACGAACAGCGAUCCGUGCUAGCUAACAUCAAUCACCGGGGAGCACAGUUACCUCUUCAGAAGACUAAGCGGUUAUCAGUUAUCGAUGAAUCUUCCUUCCUGUUCCACUCGGAUGUCAGUUAUGACCGAAGUGACGAUGACCUGGAUCUGGACACAACCGUGAUUAAACCCCACAAGUCCAGAGCACGGGAGAAAAGGCGGUCAUCCAUGGGCCCAAGCUUUGGCCCUCCUGUCCAGAGACGUGGGCGAGGCAGUGGACGAUCCGGAGACCUGCUCGGUGGACGGAUGACUGAGAGGGAGAUCGAAACCACUGUGACGGCAUCAGUUACCACACCUGAGAACGGCGCUCAGAUCCACAUGGUGAUAGACAUCACCCAGGACAAGGCUGAGGCCUCCAAGACUCUACAGCACUUCCCCCAAGCGACCGAGCAAACGUCUGUUUGGGCUGCCACCGACGAGACAAGUGCUGAAAGCGAGAUCGCUGAAGUGGGUUGCGAUGUGAAAGACGUCAAUAUGCAGCAGGGCUUUACUCCCACUGCGGGCAAAGUCGUACAGCAUGUCUUUCUGUCCAAAACGGUUAUCCGACCUGAAGUGUGUGUAGCGUGUGGGAAGAGGAUCCGCUUCGGGAAGGUGGCUUUGAAAUGCCGGGACUGCAGAGUAGUGGCCCAUUCGGAGUGUAAGCACCUGUGUCCCGAAGCCUGCUCCCUCACAGUCCCAGGACCCAUCCAGAAAUCCCCUGAGGAUGUCUUGGAGAGUUUUGCUCCUCCCACCCAUCCUCGGAUUCCACAACUAAUAGUGCAGUGUGUCAACGAAAUAGAAAAGCGAGGACUGGAAGAGAGGGGAAUUUACCGCGUGCCUGGAGGUGAGCGCCUGGUGAAGGAGCUGAGAGAGAAGUACCUCCUUGGGAAAGGACCGCUCGCGCUCAGUAAGGUGGACGAGAUCCAUGCAGUCUGCGGCCUCCUCAAGGACUUCCUGAGGAAACUUAAAGAGCCUCUGGUUACCUUCAAGCUGCACCAGACGUUCAUAGAUGCCUGUGACAUUGACGACGAGGACAACAGCACCGCGGCAAUAUUCCAGGCCGUCGGGGACCUGCCGCAGGCUAACAGGGACACGCUAGCCUUUCUCAUGCUGCACCUGCAGAAAGUUAUGCGGAGCCCUCGGUGUCAGAUGGGUCUGAAUAACUUGUCCCGGGUAUUUGGACCCACCAUUGUCGGUCAUGGCACCAUGGAACCUUCCCCGCGGACUAUCAUGAAAGACACAAAUGCACAGUCUAAAGUGGUGGCCCGAUUACUGUCUCUUUCCACGGAUUAUUGGAAGCAGCUUGUGGUGGUCGAGAGGGACCAGGUCAUCUCGUCAGUGAUUGAUGCUAACCUCAAUAGCGAUACGAACAACACAGACAGAGACCGCCUGUUCAGACCCCUGACCUCUCCGGAGCUGAGCAAAUGCCAUAAGAUUCCUGGCAGUGGGGCUCUCAGGGGCAAAUUCAAGAACCUAGGCACUGCCUUCAAUAACACAAACAAGAGCAAGAUGGACAUAAGCAAGAGAAAAUUCUUUACAUCGCCAAGCUAAUUUAUUUUAAUCUAGUUUCAACAGACUUAAUUACUAUAUAAUGUACUAUUACAGAAAAAAAGUGGAUGAAAAUGUUUUAAGUGUGUAGAAUUGAGUAUUUGGGAAAUGGAGGUAAUGUCAGUUUCUGAAUAUUAUUUGGGACCAUUAUGUAACUGAGGUUGAAUAACAGCAGUUAAAUGCAGCCCACAUGAAGAUUAAACAGCAGAGUUGCAUUUUUAACUAGAUUUUGACAUGAACUCCUCUAAACAGUCAUAUUUGACUGUAGGAAAGCACUGAACUGAUUUAAAGCACUUCAAGAUGAAAAUAAAUGAAUAAAAUGCA